UGUGGCACCAGCGAAAAGUAGAUACAGUUUUGCGACCGCAACAAGGUUCUGAGGUGUCGGGCGAACCCAGCAGACCGGGACCUUCUGGGUGUCUUUCCUGAGGGAAACGUGACCAAGAUGUGGAAUAGUAAUGCAGGUGGAUUUGAAAGCUAUGGCAGCUCCACCUUUGGGGGAGCCGGUGGCUACACACAGUCCCCUGGGGGCUUUGGAUCGCCGGCACCUUCUCAGGCUGAAAGGAAAUCAAGAGCCCGAGCCCAGCACAUUGUACCUUGUACCAUAUCUCAGCUGCUCUCUGCCACUCUGGUUGAUGAAGUUUUCAGAAUUGGGAAUGUUGAGAUUUCACAGGUCACUAUUGUGGGGAUAAUCAGACAUGCAGAGAAGGCCCCAACCAACAUUGUUUACAAAAUAGAUGACAUGACAGCUGCACCCAUGGACGUUCGCCAGUGGGUUGACACAGAUGAUGCCAGUGGUGAAAACACUGUGGUUCCUCCAGAAACAUAUGUGAAAGUGGCUGGCCAUCUGAGAUCUUUUCAGAACAAAAAAAGCCUAGUAGCCUUUAAGAUCAUGCCCCUGGAGGAUAUGAAUGAGUUUACCGCACAUAUUCUGGAGGUGGUGAAUGCACACAUGAUGCUGACCAAAGCUAACAGCCAGCCUUCAGCAGCGAGAGCACCUAUCAGCAAUCCAGGAAUGAGUGAAGCAGGGAACUUUGGUGGGAAUAGCUUCAUACCGACAAAUGGCCUCACAGUGGCCCAGAACCAGGUGCUGAAUUUGAUUAAGGCUUGCCCAAGACCUGAAGGAUUGAACUUUCACGAUCUCAAGAACCAGCUUCAACACAUGUCUGUAGCCUCAAUCAAGCAAGCUGUGGAUUUUCUAAGCAACGAGGGGCACAUCUAUUCCACUGUGGAUGAUGAUCAUUUUAAAUCCACAGAUGCAGAAUAACUGGAUCUAAUUGGAUACCCAACAUAUUUUCCAGUUGGACCUAUUUUCACAAUCUGUUGGUUCCAGCUGUGCAUAUGUUUUGACUAGUUGACUUCUAGAAAGUAGGUUUCAUCUAUAAAAAGCCUCAGUCGACAUUCUUUUGAAACUUACUGUUCUGUUUUUUCGAAGCUCAAAGGGAGAUAGGCAACUGACAGAGAUAUGAACCAAAGUGGAAUUUCUUAGUUACAAAUUAGGUAGUUAUAAUAACAUUUGGAUAGGUGGAAGUGGAAGAGGGAUGCUACCAAGAGAGUUGGGCAGUAUUACUUAAGUAAUACUCGGGAGUCUCUAUUCCUAAAAUAUUGCCUGUUGAGAAAAGAUGAGUAUGACUAGGGCCUGUCAGCAGAGAGAGAGCCAGGAAACCUGCUCACUUCUCCCUGGUUGUGUUCCCCAUUUUGGUUACGUGGUGGUACUUUCAGAGUUGCACUUCAACUUGUUGUGACUGCUGCCAAAUGUAUUUUUAAACAUGAGGUUCUAGAGUGGUGGCCUCGUAUGGCAGAGGAGGGGAGGCAAUGUUACCAUGUUUUGUACAAAAUAAGUACGUCCAUAUGUUUAAUAAAAUAGUUAUAUUAUUGUAGUAA